GGCAACUGUUUGUUUUGACGCCGUGCCGGAAUUUUAAUUCUCAGUGCAAUGACUUUGUUUUUCGAUACAAAAGUGCAAUUCCCUGACCAGGAUGCCGUCUCCACGGUGGCAGUCUGGCACAAGAUUGAGCCCCUCCUGGCUGUGGCAUCUUACAGCCAGGAUCGUGGUGGUUCAGUAACGAUUUUCGGGGAUACGGGAGAGGCCUUGCACAAUGUGACCUUCCCGGUGAAUCCUGUGUCCCAGGCAACAGCUCUGACGUGGCAUCCGGAGAAGAAAUUACUGGUAAGUGGCUGGGAAAAUGGGGAAAUUCUGACGUGGAUUGAGGGUUCGCGGGAGUUUUCUUCGAUCAAGGGACCCCAUAAGGGUCCGAUAGUGCUAUUGGGGUUCAGUGAAUCGAAUGUGGGAGGGCGCCUGGUCAGUGGAGACUCUAUGGGAGUCCUGACCGGAUGGCGCUGUGAUGCCCAUGGGCAGUUUCUCACGGCUUUUACGCAUGAGCUACGCGAUCCCUUCCUGCAUGUCACUUUCCGGCGACAUGUCCAAAGCCCCGUGGCCACAGAGUUGACAAAUUUAGCCAGGGCAGCUGUGGCUGGGGAUGAGUCUGCUCUGGACACUUUGACAAACUGGCGGCCCAGGACUGCUGCCCGGGGAUUGACUCACGCCGGAGUCAAGGACAAUCACUGUUUCUACGUUGGAACCCAAUCCGGAGCCAUGUUCUACGUCAAUCAGGCGGGAACUUGCACAGAAGUGCUUCGCCUGGAUGGUUCCCCAAUUGUCCAGGUGCUCUGGCAUCCGAAGAGGGAUGCAAUUGUGGCUCUGAUGGAAGAUAUGACAGUUGCUCACUAUUUUGUCGAAUCCGGAGGGAAUCUGACGGAACUGGACAGGGUUAAGUUGAGUGGAAGGAAGCCUGGAUGCAAUGGAGUUAUUUCCUGGGCAGGAAGUGCUCUGGCCAUCAUCACAGGGGAUCUCAGUGUUCGGAUUUGGGACAUUGACACUAGUGACAAUUUCCUCUUGCCCAUGGCAUCCUCAGAAUCCCAAAAUGGCCCCAAAUCCUCAGCAGAAGCCUUCACAUCUCUGGCUUUCUGCCCAGAUACCCAAACCCUCUGCGCAGGAACUAACCAGGGCAAUCUCUUCACCUGGCGCCGGAUGAAUUACUCCCCUGAGGCUCAGCCAGACACAAUCUGGCAGCUCAGUAACGUCACAGCCAUCCACGGAGCUGUCAAGCACUGCUCCUGGGGCAUCACAGAAAUCGGGCAGCCCUGCAUCGUGGCCAAUUGCAUCUCCAGCGUAUUUAUCCUCAAGGAACAGCCACUAGCUUCUGCUCACUGCAGAAAUCUCUGGGCUGUCCAGAAAACCAUAAAUCAAUGCUCCCUGGAACACUCUUCCGGACGCACCGGACCCUGGAAGACCCUGGAAUCCGACAUCUCAGUCACCAGUCUCACGCUCUCAGACUCCCUGAUCAUCCUGUCCAAUGGCAAGACCAUCACCGUCUUCAAGGUGGCCACGGAGGAUGAUCUGGGAGGAUCUGGCCUGAAAUUGAAGACUCAUCAGACUUUCACAGCGGACAAUCUGCAAAUGUUCCUCCAUGAGCAGAACUUAAUCCUCCUGACGGCCAAUGAUGUGAGGAUUGUGUCCUUAGGGGGUGUCCUGUUGCAGGAAAUCUCCUUCAAAGAUACAGAAGGGAAGCCAAUCGGGGCUGACUUGACAGGAAGCUUCCUGACAGUCUUCACGAUGAAUGGCUACCUCAAGAUUUACGACGUUAGUCGCCAUGAGCCCAAAUUGGUCACAACUCCAAAGUCCGGUCAUGCAAUGUUUGACAGUUUUGGGGAGUUUAUCAUGGCCAGGAGCAAUCUCAGGGGUUCCCAUUUGGCUGCCACAGUGGCCACUGAGAAUCUCCUGCCGGAUGGAAAACUCUAUCUGUGGGACAUUGAGAAGGAUGUCGUGCAUCCUUUUGACUUUUUCAGUGCUGUCACGAAAAAUGAUCAUUUCUUUGCGAGGGUUCCGGUUUCCUUCAGAUGGGAUACCGAUGACUCCCGAAUGAUCGUUUGCGAGGUGAGAUGUAUUCAACAAAAGUCACGAACUCCAGCAUCUGAGGAGCGUCAGACACAAAUGCAAACUGUGACUGAGUCUCAGGCGUGCGUUAUGUUUGUCUCAGAACGUGGUGGUCUGAGUGAACUGGAGACCAUCAAUCUGGCCCCAGGAGAGCAAUUGGUCAACCUCUGUGCUCCGCACGUUAUAACACUGAAAAUCAAUAAUAUCGGACGGAUUGCUCUGCGAGAUUUCAAAGGGCUUGAAAAAUGUGACCCAUCAACACGAAAAAUGGUGCUGGAUUUCAGCUUGAAUGUUGCUCAAGGGAAUAUGGACCACGCUUUCAGAUGUAUCAAAUCCAUUCAGUCCGAGGCUGUGUGGCGCAAUUUGGCGCAGAUGUGCGUUCACACGGGUCGUCUGGAUGUGGCCAAAGUGUGCCUGGGUCAUCUCAAGAGAGCCUCCUCUGUGAGGGCUCUCCGGAAGGCCAUGGAGGAUGAUACGCUAGAAGAUGAUGCUAAAAUAGCUGUCCUGGCCAUUGAGCUAGACAUGAUUGAGGAGGCUGAAUCUCUGUACAAGAAAUGUGGCAGAUAUGAUCUCCUCAAUCGUCUCCUUCAAGCGUGUGGGCGUUUUGAAGAGGCUCUCCAAAUUGCUGAGCAAUGUGAUCGGGUUCACCUCAAGAAUACGUACUUCAAGUACGCUGAAUGGUUGAGGGAAUCCGGAGAUAUUGAAGGAGCCAUCAAGUUCUUCGACAAGUCCCACAAUUCCACUCAUAAUGUCACCCAAAUGCUGAUUGAUGAUCCAGCAGCCCUCAGGCAAUACAUGAUGAAUACAACGGAUACAGGUCUGUUAAAAUGGUGGGGUCAGUAUAUUGAGAGUACGGGUGAUAUGGAGUCAGCAUUUAAGAUCUACCAGAAAGCUGACGAUUGGUUUUCCCAAGUCAGAAUCCUCUGUUUCUUGGGACAACUGUCAAGGGCUGAGAGCACGGCUCGGCAUAGUGGUGACCAGGCAGCUUGCUAUCAUCUAGCCAGGCACUAUGAGAACAUUGGUAGACCUCAGGAGGCCAUUCAGUUUUACACUAGAGCUCAAACUUACGGCAAUGCCGUAAGGAUUUGUCGUGAGAACGAUUUGAGGGAGGAUCUCUGGACAGUGGCUAACGCUGCUCGCGGGAGAGAUAAAGCUGCUGCAGCUUCGUAUUUUGAGGAAUGCGGGGAGUUCAAGAGAGCUGUUGAACUGUACCAUCGAGCUGGAAUGCUGCAUAAGGCAGUUGAAAUGGCCUUUGCUUCGCAACAACCGGAAACUUUGCAGGUCAUUGCGUCAGAGUUGGACGCGUCAUCCGAUCAGGAGCUCGUAUCGCGUUGCGCGGACUUCUUCCUUAGCAUCGAACAAGCUCAAAAGGCUGUUCAACUCUUGGCUAAUACUAGGCAGUUUCAGCGAGCAUUGGAAAUUUGUCGAGAUCGUGGAGUCCCUGUAACGGAAACGUUCGCCGAACUCCUGACUCCCGGUAAAGACGAAGCUGAUGACGAAACAAGGGGACAGAUCUUGAUCACUCUUGGAGAGCUGUUGCAGGAACAAGGAGACUAUCAUACGGCUACGAAGAAGUUCACUCAAGCUGGAGACAAGAUCAAAGCCAUGAAGAGUCUUCUGAAAUCUGGUGACACGGAAAAGAUAAUCUUCUUCGCAAGUAUGUCGCGUCAGAAGGAGGUCUAUAUCAUGGCUGCCAAUUACUUGCAAGCCCUCAAUUGGCAGAGUGACGCCAAAGUUCUCAAGAACAUCGUCACUUUCUACUCAAAGGGUCAGGCUUUUGAUCUCCUGGCCAAUUUCUACGUGACUUGUGCUCAAGUUGAAAUUGACGAAUAUCGGGACUACGAGAAGGCCUUGAAAGCCUUGCUCGAAGCCAAUAGAUGCCUAGCUAAGUUGCCUAAUGCUAAGCGUUCAGCUGAUCAGCUGGAACUGACCAUUGGGGAAUGUCGACGAGUCCUGGAGCUGCAAGAAAGUAUGUCGAGAGGCGAAAACCAGGCUGUAAUUGCAGGUUGUCGCAAUAUCUUGGCUCACACUGUGGAGAAACCUCCAGUUCGUCAUGUCGACAUUCUCGCUUUGCUUGUUGAGGCCUUUGCAGCUUCAAGGCUCUUUCCGGAAGCUCUCAAUGCUCUCAAGGAUCUCGCGAAUCGGGCACCGGAUUGGGCCAGUCGGGGACUGGUGGAGAAGUCUCUGAUUGAACGAAUCUGUUCAGAGUGCGGAGUUCCUUUCGAAAGUGUUUGGUCUUCGGGGAGGCAGAGGAAGCAGACGGCAACUCCUGACAACGACAACGAUGAAGAGAUCCAGGAGAUGGUCUUCAACUAGAUGCCCCGAUACACUUUCAAGACAUCCUUCUAUUAAUGCAUGAAAAAGAGGAAAAGUUUUAUUCUCUCAUCAUCGACCAAAUUACCUCUCACCUGCAGCACAAAGUGAGUACAGACGUAAAAAAAAAGAAAAUUGAUUGUGAUUAAACAUGUUUUUUCCGUCCAUUGAAUUUAAUUGCGUUUCACGAGGUAAUUUCAAUUGAAUAAAUUCUUACAACUGAUUAAA